AUGUCGACACCACCGCGCCCCAUAUUGAACCCCAUUUCAACGAGUAAGAGUGCGGACGAUGAGGACAAGUUCAAUCCAUUUUCUUCACAUCUUGGCGAUCGUCUCUUCAGCAAACAACUUGAUGUGGACGACAAUGAUGAUACGCUCUACUCUUCUGUCCGACCGUCAAACCUGAUCGAUGAUCAAGUGCUCAUGCUGUUUGAAAAGCAGACGGAAUUGAUAGGGCAACUAGUCGAGUGGCAAAGCAAGCAGGACGAGCACACAAAGGAACAGAUUAAGCUCUUAAGUGAAAUUAACGCGCGACAGGAUAUUGAAGGUGCCUCACGAACGGCAGCACCAUCGGUUCCCGUUCGCAGCGCUUCAGCGUGGAACCCACUUCUCCGAUCGACGUUGAAGAAGAUGAGUCCCACUAUUGACAGAUGGCGCGGUGGCCUCGAUACGUUACUUAUCUUUAUCGGUUUAUUCUCUGCCAUCGUCACCUCUUUUCUGAUCGAAGCUAUCGGAAACCUGAAACCCGAUCCGGCGGACAAGACUAAUGCUUUACUUGCAAACCUCACGGAGAUCAUCGUGUCUAUGGGCAGAAUAAAUGUAUCAGAGCCCCUUCACUUGAUUGAGCCAGAGGGAUUCGAGCCGGAACCGGAAGAUAUACGCCUCAAUAUUUAUUGCUUCGUGUCUUUGAUUUUCGCGCUUUGUACUGCCGCAUUGGCCGUGGUGGGGCGCGAUUAUUUGACGAGACUGACCCGACCAGACGGAGACGCGAUUAGCCGCCUGACCGAUAUACACCGCAGAUGGAAAGGUGCCCAAACAUCUCUGGGCCCAUUCUUAGAGACUUUGCCCAUGACUCUCACGUUGCCCGUGUUCAUCUUUGCACUGGGUUUGGUUGACUACAUUACAUCAAUAUCCAUCAAAUUGGACGAACGAGGCCAAUACCUGGACAGCGCUUUCAUCAUCGGCGGCGCAGCAAUAUCGUUGACAGCCUUGAUGGUACUCUUCACCGUCUACCAUGGGAUUUGCCAUCCUGCGACCUCCCCAUUCCAAAGCGGAAUCAGGACCCUCCUCAGAUUGCGCGAGACGUGGAAAGCUGACGAUCAGCCGCCCUCACCCUGUUUGAGUCAGGACAAUCUGAAUGCUUUCCACGAACUCAUCCAGGACAUUCAUGAUGACGAGACUCUGACUCAUGCAGUCGGACCAUUGAAUUCCCUGCUCAAAUCGCAAUGGUCUUGGGAUGAGAAAGAGGUUAACACUGUCCUCCAUCUCCUCUCCUUUGAGGCGUCUCUUCAGUGCCAAAUGAACGUUCUCAACGUGCUGGCGAAGCGAGACAUAUCAGGAAUUACCAGCGUACCUAUCGGCGUCAGGGUACAGGUCCUCAGUGCUGUUCUGGCGGUCGAGAAAUACCACGUCAGUACCAACCUCCCGCCUGGCAAUUUAGACCAACUCGUGAAGUUCCCUUUCGUGACCGUGGUAGCCAAACUGGCCAGAAGCAUCGUACAAGCCAAUUUCUCCAACUGGGACCUUGACAAGAGCCCGCUCCUCGCACUCUUGAGUGUCACCGCUUACAAAUAUCAUGUACAUCCAGAUCACCAAUGGAUCGUAGAAGUCGUAUCAUUCCACGCGCUGAAGAUAUUGGCGGAUGUCUUCGAUCCGGAAUUCUUCAAUUCCCAUGACCCACAAUUCGUCAACGAACGAAUGGACGAGGUCUUCGGUGCCCAUGCCAUGGAUUUCUCCGAGUGCCAGAUGUUGGCGGUUGGUCUUGCCAUUUCCCAGGAUAUCCAACCCCAUGUUUUCCAAGGGAUGAUGGGUUGGAUAUGCACCAAAAUCACAUCGUCAUCCGAAGUCCAACUAUUUUCUAUCCACGUCCUCACAGAAGUUCUCAACCUCGUUUCGAUCGAUGAGAAUAAGCAGAUGUAUCGGCCCCUAUUCCGGCUAUGCUGGUUCGUAAACUACAUCAGCGAAUCCCUCUUCUUCCCGGCCAAUAUCGGCGUCAACGCAUCCUUUACCAUGCAAAUGGCUUACACCAUCCAGAAGAGAUGGUGCUCGCUCGAAGUAGUCAAGCCGACUCUGUGGUCGGACAGCGUCUUCACAUCCGUGAUCAGAUUUUUGGAUCUGGCUGAAGGCAACCUCGCGGAGCUCGCUACCAGCGAAGAGCACCGAGACAUCAUCUCCCAAAUCAGUGCCGCGUUAGGAGGCCUUUGCGUGCUUCUUUCAUCCGUGAAUCCAGUGACAAUAACUGAAACAGAUAACCGUCAGAGGAGAGUCGAGUUUACGCAUCAGCUGUUGCGUGUAUGCAUCCAGUAUAUUACCCAUGAAGAUCGAACGACUGGCGAACCGAUUCUUCCGGAGCGUACGCUGGAAUCACUGUUGGCGAGUCUAUCACGCUUGGUCAAAAUGGUGAAGAUGGAAGAAAUAGACGAAUCGCUGCGAGUACAACUUGCAGUUCUGCCCUUGGAGGCACCAGUGGUUCGCCGUAAUUGA